CGAACGUGCGCCGAAGACAGGAAGUUGAAUUAUCAGCUGAUCCUACUGGCUGUUGUUGAUGCCUGAAGUUGCUGUUGUUUGGACGCCGUGUCGCUCUUAUCAGGUCCUGACAUUGAAGACACGUUAAAGCGCAGAAAGGGACACGGUGGGCAUUUACCGGCGGACGAGCUUAUGAGUGACACGGAAAGCGUCUCCGCGCGAGCACUUGGGAAUUUGCGCACGAGCGGCGAAGGGCUAGCGCUCGAGCUUAAAGCUUCGCUGAAAGGAAAAAAGAAAAACAGCAGAGGCAGCCGACGGCUCGGCGUGCUGUCUUUUGUUAAUGUUGUGUCAGUUUGAACCGUGAUAUUCAUUAUUUCUGUCUUGACUUUGAGAGUUUUUUACGUUAUUUAUAUUUAUACUUGAUUGAAAAUAAGCCAACGGGGCAGCUAGCUCGUCCGCUAAUGUUAGCUUGUAGCGCGAAGAAAAACAGUCUUGUUGACAAGAUUUGAUGCUUUCGUAACCGCCCAACUGUGACAGAUAAUAAACAUAACGGGCGGAAACAGCUGAGUUUGAAAGCGCUAUUUUCGUGCCUCCGUAUUAGUUUGUUUUGUUUUAACCUGUCUGCCACUGGAUCCAGUGCUCUGUUAGGAAACACGGCACCACAGAAGUUCGUGUUUAGUUACUGAAUCGAAGCCUGUUGGAGGCAUUUGUGGCUGUCGGACAAGUUUCUGAUUAAACUCGGUGGAUUAGUUUUUUAAUCCUCAUCGAUUCAUUUAAAAACACACAAACAAGCAGUCAGCUAGUUGACAGCUGGCCUUGUGCGUUUUAGGUUUGCUGAACGUUGCGUAAUUUAUGUUCAAGCUGGCAGCCAAUGUUGGGCAACUUGUUAAAUUCCAAGUUAAAACUUUUGCGUUUUAGGGAAAGUUUGUGUGCUUUGUAUGUGAUUUUAAGGCCCUUUUACUUUCUCUUCUUUGGUACCAUUUAGUACACAUUUACUGUAAGACUGAGUGGCUGUUCUGAUUCUCAUGAAUUUGAUAGCGUUGGAGAAAUAAUAAGAGUUAUGAUUUAAAGUAGCCCUCAGAAAUCCUGUGGGAAAGUACCGUGUUCAGCAAAGAGAGAGAGGGUCCCUCACAGGGUCCCAUCGUGUCUUGAGGUGAGGUGAGCUGCCCCCCACUACUUGCCAAUGCUGGAUCUGGAGGUGGUGCCUGAGAGAUCACUAGGAAAUGAACAAUGGGAAUUCGCCUUAGGGAUGCCAUUUUCCCAGGCCAUCUCUAUCCUUCAGAAACACUGCCGCAUCAUCAAAAAUGUCCAGGUGCUAUACAGUGAACAGACGCCACUCAGCCAUGACCUCAUACUGAACUUGACUCAGGAUGGGAUUAAACUGCUGUUUGAUGCCACAAAUCAGAGACUCAAGGUGAUUGAAGUGUAUGACCUGAGCAAAGUCAAGUUGAAAUACUGUGGAGUCCAUUUCAACUCUCAGACCAUUGCCCCCACGAUAGAGCAAAUAGACCAGUCAUUUGGCGCUACACACCCUGGAGUUUAUAAUGCUGCAGAGCAGUUGUUCCAUCUCAACUUUCGGGGACUGUCCUUCUCUUUUCAACUGGACUCAUGGAAUGAAGCUCCAAAAUAUGAGCCUAACUUUGCCAUGGGUUUGGCCUCCCUGCAGAUUCCACAUGGGGCAAUGGUCAAGAGGAUGCACAUCUACACUGGCAACAACCUGCAGGAAACAAGAGCUCCUGCAAUGCCACUGGCUUGUUUCCUUGGUAACAUUUAUGCAGAGUGUGUGGAUGUCCUGAGGGAUCGGGCGGGCCCUCUGGGGCUCAGGCUCCGCCUUCUCACUGCAGGUUGUGGUCUCGGCGGGAUGACUGAUAGUAAAGUCAAGGCCCUAGAGAGGAGCAUCUACUUUGGAGAUUCCUGUCAGGAUGUGCUCGGUGCUCUGGGCUCCCCACAUAAAGUUUUCUACAAAUCUGAGGAUAAGAUGAAGAUCCACUCUCCGUCACCACAUAAGCAGGUCCCAUCUAAAUGUAACGACUACUUCUUCAACUAUUUUACCCUGGGAGUGGAUAUUCUGUUUGACUCGACAACUCACCUGGUUAAGAAGUUUGUUCUCCAUACCAACUACCCUGGACAUUACAACUUUAAUAUAUAUCAUCGGUGUGACUUUAAGAUUCCACUUGUCAUCAAAAAAGAGGGAGCAGACUCUCAGACUGAGGACUGCAUCUUAACUACUUACAGCAAGUGGGAUCAAAUCCAAGAACUGCUUGGCCAUCCAAUGGAAAAACCUGUAGUGCUGCACAGGUCCUCAUCGGCCAAUAACACGAAUCCUUUCGGCUCUACGUUCUGCUUCGGACUGCAGAGGAUGAUCUUUGAGGUGAUGCAGAAUAACCACAUAGCAUCGGUAACCCUCUACGGUGCUCCACGCACGACCAAUCACGCCCGACCCGAGUCCAGCAGUAGUUCCCACUAAACAAGUAACCGCAACCACAUCCCGUUUUGGCCUGUCGUGAAUCCAGUACUUCUACUGACUGACUUUCUAAUCCAGAGCCAGAUUCUUAACCAAGCAGACCUAACCGAACAAAGUUACUCUUACCCGGCACAGAUGCUAACAGAGAAACAGCUAAAAUCAGACACGGCAUUUACCAACUCUUCCUGUUGGAUACUAAGGCUCAUUCUUCCAAUCCGGCACACCCAUCUAGCACAGCUAAACCAACUCGGUCUAUCCCGGGACAUCCGAGAUCCAGUCACACAGUCUCUGUGCUGGAGCAUGGAGCGUUUUAUCUUGGUUAGUCCAACGGUCCCAGUGGUGCUGCGUUGUGGUAGAGCUCGACUGUUUCCUUUCCGUCCUUAAAAUGCUUUCACCCUGGACCAUGGGGGGGAGGAAAAAAGCUUGUCCAGACUUUAAGCUGGCACCAGUUUGUUUAUCAGCAGCCUCCGUACCGUUGUGGUGGUGGGACAGUUGGCGUUUGAAUUCAUCUGCUGCAAAUCUCAAGUUGUUUAACAUCAGCGUAAUAAUAUCGCAGCCGGAAGCUGCUGUGGCCAGAGUCUGGAAACAAAGUGUAUCAAGUCAAACAACCACACUGCCAGCAAACCAGUACCGCCAGUCUUCCUGCCUCACCUUCAGAGCCGCAUCCAAACUACAAAAAAACCAAACCAGUUCAGUCCAACCAAGAGCCAUCAGAGCCAAAAUGCAGUGAAAGCUGCAGAUGAUUUUAACCAAAAACACGAGAAUCCCAAUUUGUCACACAAGACAAGAACCGCUCGCUCUCAGGGUUCGGACGGAGACGUCCUCCUGAACAAAACCCGCUUGAUGUCCCGCCCAGUUGAACCAGAUGUGAACAGAAAGAAAUCCCUCCCUGUCGUCUUCUUAUUCUUCCUUCAACUUUGCUCAGCGGCGCCCGCCAACACACACACACGCACACAUCAGACACACACACAGACACACACGCACACAGAAACACACACACAGGCAAACAAAGCACACUCAACAGUACGGCUGCUGUUACGUCUCCCUGCAUGGACACGGUGACAGAAAUGAGCAUCUGCAUGUGGUGUGAGGCUAAUUUUUAAAAAUGACAUUUCAACAUGUGUUAAUUUAAGCUUGCACAAACACACACAGCAUCCUUUCAUUACUAAACUCAUGUAUUCCUGAUACAUGAAAGCUGAUUUUAGCCGUUUAAGCGUGAAAGAGACUGACAUGCAGGAAUGACACGAGAAUCUUUGCUGGACUUACUACAAGCACAAACUGACAGCCCGUUUUCUUUGAUUGCUUAUGUCUUCUUGCAUGUUGUGAGGGGUGUAGAGUCGCCACAGAGUUUCUCCAUUUUACCGCGGCCGCCCUUUUCACUCGUUCGCCUCGAGACCAUUUUCAUCGUGUACUGUUUUUGUUUUUUAAAUCCGUUCGUACAUUUGCACUAAUACUCACCUUUUUACUUGACUGUUUGAUUGAUCUUCAGAUAUGGAUAUAUUUUUUUUCGUACAUUGGAUGAGAGGGUGUGUGUGUGUCCUGUAUACAUAUGGAAAGAAAGAAGAGGCCCUUACGUGGUGCUCAGUGUUCGCAGUUCCGUCCUCUUUGUCGCUCCAUCUUCUGCUCCUUCUUCACGUCACUGACACGUGACACAGUCUCCAUUUGUUUCCAUGUUGAAUUGCCAAACUGCGAUAGCCAAAGAGGUUUCAGGAUGUUGUUAUUUGAUCUGCUGACAUUAUCACUGUAUUACUGUCUGAACAUUUCAUACAGAGAGUCGGGCGUUGGCCGUCUCUGCUCUUUUGGAUCUUUUUGUUUCUGACUUGCACAUGUUGGUCGCUGCUGAAGGAAAACCUCAGCUCCUGGUUUCUGUGACGUCUGACAGUAAUUAUACGACACGAAGAGCUGACUCUGAAAGCGCUCAGUCCAUCUGUCGUCUGGAUUCGGAUACACAGAUUUACAGUAGUGUGUGUAUGCUGUGAAGUGUCAGAGUGGUUACUGUUGUCACUGAGCUGUCAUUCAAAGAACCGCCAUCAUUUCUCUGGGUUUAGUUCAUUUGAACCCCUUUUGGAAACGGGGAAAGAAAACCAGUCAUUCCUCCAUCGUGUGACGUGUAGUUUUGCAUCAAACUCCCAUUUUAUAAAUUUACAUCAUUUUUAAUUCCAGGCAGAUUAAUAAACUGUGUAUAAAUUUUAAUACACAUAUUUUCUUCUAUUGUUCUUCAGUAAAAAAACAAUUCCUUUAAUUUUCUCUCUGUUGCUGAGUUUGUGAUCGGUGACUCAAUUGGUUAGCAUCCUCGUCUGUUAGCCUGUGACCAGCAUUAUCCAACGAGUACAAACCUGUGCUAACGCUACUUUAAUAAGCAAAAAACAAAAAGACCAAUACUGAAAUGUUUUCAUUAGAAGGAAACUAAUUAAUUUUACUUGUCUAUGUUCCUGAUUCCUUAUAAUUCCUAAGCAUUUGCUAUUUUAAUGCAUUCAGGCCUUUAUGCUUAAUGUUGUUGUAUGAAUGCUGUAUAUAAAUGUGUGCUCUUA